UUCUUUCAAGGUUAUUUUGUAGAAAAGUGAAAGAAGCAGCAUUUCGACACAACUGGUAGAAAAUGCUGCGUACACUAUCAACAGAAGUCCUAAAAAGUGUUUCUAAAUGGGGAGGCAGAAACAAUCCAUCAAAUUCUGCCUGGAUUUUGAACAAGAAGAGCUGUUACAGCACCGAUGUUGGCGAGGAAGAUUACGAUAGUUUAACAUUUUCACAAACAGUUGACAAAUUUUACGACAGGGCAUCAGCUUUGAUAGAAAAUGAUCUGGCUAAAGGUAUGAGAAGUCGUGCACCUGUGGAGGAGAAGAUUAAAAAGGUGAAAGGUAUCCUUAAAAUUAUUAAACCAGCAAACCACAUGAUCGAGAUCACCUUUCCGAUUAGACGUGACAACGGCGAGUAUGAAAUCAUUGAAGCAUGGCGAGCGCAGCAUAGCCAGCAUCGUACCCCUUGCAAAGGAGGUAUAAGAUACAGCUUGGAUGUAUGUGAAGAUGAGGUGAAAGCCUUAGCUGCCCUAAUGACCUACAAAUGUGCCGUUGUGGACGUCCCCUUUGGAGGCGCCAAGGCGGGUGUGAAAAUCAACCCUGCCAACUACUCGGAGAAAGAACUGGAGAAAAUCACCAGGAGAUUUGCUGUGGAACUUGCCAAGAAAGGUUUCAUAGGGCCUGGCAUUGAUGUGCCUGCUCCUGACAUGGGAACAGGAGAGAGGGAAAUGAGUUGGAUUGCAGACACAUACGCCAACACUCUUGGCUUCAAUGAUAUCAAUGCUCAUGCAUGUAUCACUGGGAAGCCCAUCACUCAGGGGGGAAUUCAUGGCCGUAUCUCUGCCACAGGCCGUGGUGUGUUUCAUGGAAUUGAGAACUUCAUCAAUGAAGCCAGUUACAUGAGCAUGAUUGGACUGAUGCCAGGAUUUGGAGACAAGACCUUUGUUAUUCAGGGAUUUGGUAAUGUGGGUCUCCACUCCAUGAGAUAUCUCCACAGAGCCGGUGCUAAGUGUAUAGGAGUGAAGGAAUUAGAUGCCAGUAUAUACAAUGAAAAUGGAAUCGAUCCAAAGGAACUAGAGGACUACAAACUGGAACAUGGAACCAUCAGUGGAUACCCCAAGGCCAAGCCCUAUGACGGAGACCUUCUGUUGGCAGAAUGUGACAUCCUGGUUCCUGCAGCCAGUGAAAGGCAACUGACCAAAGAAAACGCCCAUGAAGUGAAGGCCAAGAUAAUUGCUGAAGGUGCUAAUGGCCCAACCACUAUGGGAGCAGACAAAAUCUUCCUUGAGCGAAAAGUCCUAGUGAUUCCUGAUUUGUACAUUAAUGCUGGUGGUGUGACUGUCUCAUAUUUUGAGUGGUUGAAAAAUCUAAAUCACGUCAGUUAUGGACGCCUGACCUUCAAGUACGAAAGGGAUUCCAACCAGUAUCUAUUGGAAAGUGUCCAGCAGUCUUUGGAGAGGAAAUUUGGAGGAGGAAAGAAGGAAUCCAUUCCUAUCAUCCCAUCACGUGAAUUCCAGGAGAGGAUUGCCGGUGCCUCAGAGAAAGAUAUUGUCCACUCAGGGUUGGAGUACACCAUGAUGAGAUCUGCCAGGAACAUCAUGGACACCGCUAUGACCUAUAACCUGGGAUUGGAUCUUCGCACUGCAGCCUACAUUACCUCCAUUAAGAAGAUCUUCAAGGUCUACGAGGAGGCUGGUCUGACCUUCACAUAGACAGUGGGGGCCCCACAGGGCAUUAAUCCUGAAUCUAACCAACAAUACAUACAGAGCUUUCAUACAUUACUUUCACUAUUGCGCCCCUUUAUUUGAUCUUUGUACUGUCUGUUGACCCAAACUUUGGGAUUUUAAUUUUAGUGUGAUUUUAGAGGAAGAGGAUCUGUUAGUAUAUUUUGUUGAACAAUGGAGUACCUGAUUGGAGGACUAUAUUUGUACUGUUUAUGUACAAGUGUGUAACCUGUAGUAAGAGUUUUGUCCAUCUAUAAUCUCAGCUGUCUGCACCUAACACCCUAAAGAAGAUAUUUAAUGUUUGUAAUAAAAUGUCUGGCAUAAUUCCUAUUAGUCAGAAAAUGAGUUAGACACUACCUCUAAAUGAACAAAAUGCAGUUUGUGUUCAGAUGUUCCCAAAACUAAUGAUGAAUUAACUAUAUUUAUUGUAUUGUAGAAACCUUUAGUAGAAUUCUAUUUCCCUUGAGUUAAUGUGGUGAGUUGCUUAGCUUGAGCUUGGUAUUGAACAGUAGUAUUGCAAGUUCACUGAAUUAGAUAGUCUGUAACCUGCAAUAAAACAUCUGAAAAUACUCGAUCAGCGUAUGGGGGAACUGUAUCAGUAGUUAAGGAGUGGGUCUGAUAGGCAGCUGAAAUCUCCACAGUGUAGGAUUCAAUCCCUGCACCUAGUAGUCUCUGUUUUAACAGCACAAAAUAUAAAGAAUUACAUGUACUUACGUCAUUUUGGGGAAAGUUUUAUUGCAUUUAUAUAGUUGUUUUGAAAACAAACAGGUUCUCUUUGUUUAUUUUGCGGCUCUUGUUUUUAUUUCCAGAAUUUUAUGUGUUGAUUUAUAGUUUUGCACUGCUUGAAGGUUGGACUGAUCACACACGAUUUAUGUGUACUGUACAUUGUUAUGUAGGUUUAACCAAUGUGAUGCCUUCCUUUUUUCACAUCCCAAAUUGAUGUUGUUCCUCAACAAAAAGUGAAAGUAUUCAUUUGAACUGCUUUCAUGUGAUAUUGAUCAAGAGUUGUUUACCAUUUUUCUAAUGCAUCUUGUUCACCAAGUUUGAAAUAAAAGGAUGAGAAUACCAAUAGAAUAUGUAUGUGUGAGAUAAAAUAGAUGAUAUUAGCAAUGAA